AUGAGGAAAGUGUAUAGGAAGCUGAUUUGGAUCAGACAUUCAGGGUUUAGGGUUUUCAGAGACAGGAAAUGGAUGUUCCCGUUUUUGGCAAGCUUGGUCUUGUCGGUGACUCUCUUAAUGUCUGUCAUUUAUGUCCAGUUCGAGAGUUCUUAUGUGGAAGAAGAACCAUUGCCUUUUGAUAAUGUCUCAGAAGAAGAAUCAAAUGAAUACUUUGUAGAAUCACAUUUGAGAAAGUCUUUGAAAUCGACCGGGUAUACGAAUUCUUCAGAGGUUCCUAGGUUAGCUUAUCUGAUAUCGGGAACGAAAGGUGAUAGUCUUAGGAUGAUGAGGACUUUGCAAGCUGUGUAUCAUCCGAGAAAUCAGUACGUUCUGCAUUUGGAUCUUGAAGCUCCGCCUAAGGAAAGGUUGGAGCUUGCAAUGUCUGUGAAGAGUGAUCCGACUUUCCGUCAAGUAGAGAAUGUUCGUGUUAUGUCUCAGUCUAAUCUGGUUACUUAUAAAGGCCCUACAAUGAUUGCUUGUACGCUUCAGGCCGUGGCGAUCUUGCUUAGAGAAAGCUUGGAUUGGGAUUGGUUCCUCAACCUCAGUGCCUCGGAUUAUCCUCUCGUGACACAAGAUGAUUUGCUGUUUAUUUUCUCGAAUUUGUCUCGGAAUAUCAAUUUCAUUGAACAUAUGAAGCUCACUGGGUGGAAACUGAACCAGAGGGGCAAAUCAAUCAUUGUUGAUCCCGGCCUAUACCUAUCGAAGAAAACUGAAAUUGCGUGGACUACUCAACACAGAUCACUUCCCUCUUCUUUCCAGUUGUUCACAGGCUCAGCGUGGGUAGUUCUGACUCGUUCUUUCCUUGAAUACUCAAUCUUGGGAUGGGAUAAUUUCCCGAGGACUAUUCUAAUGUACUACACCAACUUCGUAUCUUCCCCGGAGGGAUAUUUCCACACAGUUAUAUGCAACACCGAAGAGUUUAAAAGCACCGCGAUUGGGCAUGACUUGCACUACAUUGCUUGGGACUAUCCUCCAAAGCAACACCCAAACUCUCUAUCGAUGAAGGAUUUCGACAAGAUGGUCAAAAGCAAAGCCCCCUUUGCUCGAAAGUUCCACAAGAACGAUCCUGUAUUAGACAAAAUCGAUAAAGAGCUCUUAGGCCGCACUCACCGGUUCUCCUCUGGAGCAUGGUGUGUUGGGAGCUCAGAAAACGGUGCUGAUCCGUGCUCUGUUCGGGGCGAUGACUCAGUUUUGAAACCAGGCCCUGGCGCUGAGAGGUUAAAGGAGCUUGUUCAGACACUUUUAUCUGAUGAGUUCAGAAGAAAACAAUGUUCAUGA